AUAUUCUGAUGAACUGAUAAGAACGAAGACUUAUCGGUUAUGCUUAUGGUAUGUGUUUCUUAAAAGAAAACGCCUUUAGUUUGAUAAUAUGUACGGGGAGGGGGUUUGAACUCGGCGAUGUAAUAUGUUCUAACAUGAUCUUAUCUUGCUGUUUUUUUCUUAGAACAAAAACAUAGACAUGGGUCGACGUAAGACAAAGCUAGCUUUGGAGCUGAUUCAGGACGACAAAGCUCGCAAGGUUACUUUUCGGAAGAGAAAGAAUGGAUUGUUUAAGAAGGCUUUUGAGUUAACCACCCUUUGUGAUGUGAAGGUGUGUACAAUCGUUUAUGAGAAGAAAUCCGAGGGCAAACUGGCCCCUCCUCAAACCUUCCCUGCGAAAUUUGAAGAGGUGAAGGAAAUCAUUGACAAGUACAAGUCCAAUUCAUCAAAGAUCAAGAAAGUUCAGAACUUGGCUGACUUUUAUGCCACCCAAACAAUGCAAGUUAAGAAAGAGAUUGUGAAACUACGCACCAAGAGUUAUGAAGAGAAGUAUCCUACAUGGGACGACCGUCUUAAUGAGUAUUCAUUGGACCAAAUGCAAGAGCUUUUAAACAAUUUAGAGGCCAAAAUUCAAGCUGCCCACAAGAUACACAACAUGAUGAUGAUCGAUUCAAAGAAACCUGCAAUACAAGAUUAUAUACCCCCAAUGGCCUUGGUUCAAAGCAACCUAGACCCUCCAUUUCUUUCAAUGGUUGAUGAUCAGAACCCUAGUAAUUAUGGUUCAAUGGGGAUGAGCGAAAGUGGCUGGGAUCAAUUUGCAUCUGCAAGCACUUCAUGGGCCAAUAACAACAUUCAGUAUGCUCCAUCAAAUGUUUCGGAUUAUAAGGGCACGACAUCUAUCUGGGAUUAUGACCUGUUUGGAAUUGAUGCAGUUCCUCUGCAAUAUGGAAAUAUGGAGGAGAAGCCGACAUUCUAUAAUAAUAAUCCCAUGCAACCACCAUAUAUGCACGACCCGAUAUUGUCCAGUGCUGCUACGACAUCUCAAGUUGAACAACAACAACUAAGCGUUGAACAUGCUCUGGACGUGCCUCCAAUAAAUGUUGCAUAUGAUGAACCGCUUUCUCUAUCCUUGCAACCAAGUCAUACCGAUUGUCCAGUCUCGGCAGCUUCUUUUUCAUUUGAAUAUCAACAGUUUGCUACUUCAUCUCAGUCUGAAUCUCAAUCUCAAUCUCAAUCUCAAUCUCAAUCUUAUGUUGAUGAUCAAGUGCGCAUGUUGUACGACAGCAUGUUCCAAUUCAAACAGAACAACGUAUCCACGUAUAAAUAGGCCUCAGGGUACUUGGGGGGAUUUGGGUUUUAAGGUUCGUUCAACUUUUAUUCAGUAUAGGCUAGACAAGGAGUUCCGGCUAUUUUGAAACUUUGGCUCUCUUUUUUGAUAGAGAUACUAUAUAUAGAAGCUUUGGCUUGCUUGAAGAUAUGUACUUGUUAAUCUAUUAGGCGUCACCCUAUUUGAAUUCUAUAAAUAUCACUAACUAGUUUUAUUAAUAUAGUAUUAUUUCUCUUCUCAAGUUCAAUUCGGGGGGCAAAUUGUCAUCCCAAAGCAAAAUUCCUUGUUUGGGUUUUUUUGCGUCGGAUGCUUUUUCUCUUGUUUACAUUGGAUCCCUUGUCUUAUCAUAAUUAUGCACCCUUUUUUCGAUUUUCCCGCAAAAGCCUUUACAAGUUUUACCAAUAUCUAUGUUAUUGCCCUAGAAUUGAUAGAAAUCACAAACGCAUGCCGGAUUUGAGCCCUUGGAAGAGACUUAAGUUACUAUAUGAGUAAAGAAGAAGGUAGAUGCUCUCCAAAUUGACCAAACCAACACAAGGAACAACCCAAUAGAUUAGAGACACAUCGCAUCAAGGACUUGACCUUCAGAGGUUUUACCACUCCUACAUUACAUUACAGAGCAGUCAUAUCCCUUUUACAUCUUGCGACUUCAUUUUUCAUCAUCAUAAAACCCGAGCUCUCAAAUGUUGUACAACUUAAACAAGUAUCUUCACAAGAGACACACACUUAUUCAGCAGGCUCUCACUCACGCUAAGCACUA